GAUAUACAUAUAUUCUGGAUUAAUACUGCAACUGUAAAUGAACAACUCAAUCAACAGCAGUACAAGCAAGCCAACCCAUUCUACCACUUGGACACAAGAACUCAUGAAACUGGUAUCAACAGACCUUUCAACAGCUGCAUCUUCGGACAUGGUGUUGACAACCCCAGCCUUCUCUCUUGCACAACCUCCAGCUCAGACCAUCGGACCAACACCUCCUCCCUUGCGCUCACUCUCUGCCAACAGCAGUGUGACUCCUGUUAGCAUGGGAUUGUCAGAAGGCAGCACUGUGCGUAGUUCUGAUGGUUCUGGUCUAUGGCUGAGAGAAGUCAGGAUGGUGUCGACCAUCGAGUCUGACCCUGGCGGUGGAUUGGACAGGACUGCAGGACUGCCACUGGAUGGCAUCGACAGUGUUUGGCCAUCGUCCACCACAACCGCAGUCGUGGCCAUUCCAGCAACCAAACCACAGUCGAUCGGCAUCUCGCAGAAGCUGUUGCGUCCUACAGUCACUUCUUCACUGCAACUAUUGAUGCAACAUCAUCAAUACUCCAAGACACAUGUUCAUGACCAGACUGUGUCUGUGGGUGUGCAUGAACAGGCUCAGAUGACUUCUGUUGCACCUUCUAUUCAACGUAUUUGCACUCCCCCAAUGCCACUUGACUGGUCGUGGGUGCAAGUGAAGCGACGAGGUCCUGUUACUCCAAGUGUAAGUGGAACAGAUGCCGAUUUGGAUGGCACUGCAAGUCGAUGCAGCAAUUCCGAUUCUGAUAGUAUUGAACUGGUCUCUGCUUUUGGUGAUGCUCUCUCGCCUGUAUUGAUCCACGCCAAUGGCUCUGGAUUCGGCAGUUAUGUGGUUCCAUCUCCUCAAUCCUCGUUGCACAAUCAACUCUAUCAUCAGAAUAUAUCUGCACCAUUCGGUCAGCCAUUCAACAAACAGCAGCCAUUACCCAAUGCACAGAGUAAACCUUCAUCUCCUCAACAUACUCAGCACAAGUCAAAAGAUGCUCAAGCACUCCAUCAGUCUCCCAUCAUGAAUCCUGCAUUCUUGGAAGCAUUCCGUUCUAUGCCCGACUUUGAACCUCUUCCUGCACCAUGUGUAUCCAGCACAUCCAACUCUCAGUCUUUUAAAAUCGCCAGUCUCGAUGAUGUGGACCAAACUAUUCCCAUGCCACUAAGAUUGGGUGUUGGCGAUAUAAUUAGAAUGACUACUCCUCCACCAAUGCUGGUUCAUGGUCCAUUGUUUUCUACAGAUAGCUACACAACCAAGAGAGACUUUAAUUAUGGCAGUCUUCUUGUUCAUCCAGCAGUUGCACGGACAACCUCUGGCUCAAGAGCCGCUGAGAUAAUGCUGCAUACAAAUGAUGCUGCACUCAGCGGCUAUGUCGUCAUGGAGCGUCCCUCAAGUAGAGCAUCACUUCACAGUAUGCAGUCUGCUAGUGGUGAUAUUACUGAUAGUCCCAUUUUAGUCCCAUUUGCUUCACGAGAAAUUUCUAUUGAAAGCACUUGCAAUGCAGAUACUCCAUCGACUCUGGAUUCCUUGCGUCUACCUACACGGAUACAGGCUUCUGCUACUUCAAAAACCCUGUCUGAAUCCAGUGAAACCUCUCAACCUAUCAAAGAACAUAGUGUUGGCUCCUACGAUCAAAAGUUUGAUGAGCUGACGCAAUUGCUUCCACGCAUUCAUACUAAAGGGUUUGACAGACCAUCGAGAGAUCACUCGUUUGACCUGUUUUGGCCAAUCAGCCAGAUCUUAGAUGGAGACAUAGCAGGCGAUGGAGAUUCAUGGUCAUGGUUAGUCUUUAAACUUGUAAGUGCGUUUGUUGCUGCUGGCUUAGGCGGCUAUUUAGCAUUUAAAUGUGGCAUGAUUGUUCAGCGAAUCGUCUUGGAUCGCAUUGCUCGUUUGGCCCAUUAGAUCGUCUUGUCCGACGCUUGUCUAGCAGAAAAUACAGCUUAUUCUUGUUUUCAGCUUGUGUUGCUGGACACUACUCUUUUGUUAUAACUUUUGUCUACUUUUACAAGCACCUAAAAAGUAUUUAGACAAAAAGUGCAUUUAUUGGAUUGGUCUGUACCAGUCAUUUUAUCUUAUUGCCCACUUUGCCAUUCCAUCUCUUUAGUUUCAAAUUUACAGCCAUAUUCACGUAAAAUGGAACACUAAAUAAAGGCUUAUCAAUACAU